CUCGAGCGUGCGCUCACCAGCAAAGCGCACAUUCAUACGCGGAUCGCAGCAAGCGUCGCGUCGCGUUUGUCAUUCUCGCGGAUGUCUAAUAUAAACAUGUUCUGCUAGACACCGACGGAAAGAAGAAACCGACAGGGGCGUCAUUCAGCUGCAUCAAGAAGGACAAGGAGCGACUCAACACGAGCAACGCUGACGUGGGAACAGAGCUCUGGAGGGGCAGCAGAGGGCAAAGCAACAUGGAGGAGUUUAAAGUUCAGACCGCCAAACACCCCGUACCCAACAGUUCGCCCAUGCGGACGCACAGCGAGCACCCGAAAGAUCACGCGGCCAAACGCCUGUCCUCCGCGUCCAACGGCACGAGCGACGGAGGAGCGGGAGCCAAAACGCCCGUGGAGAUCACCGCGCUGGAGGAGUCCUUCCGCCGCUUCGCCAUCCACGGAGACACGCGAGCCACCGGCAAAGAGUUGAACGGCAAGAACUGGUCCAAACUGUGUAAAGACUGCGGCGUCAUCGACGGCAAGAGCAUCACCCUCACAGACGUGGACAUAGUCUUCUCCAAAGUCAAGAACAAAUCAGCCCGCACUAUUACAUACAGCCAGUUCAAAGAAGCGAUCGCGGAGCUCGCCAGGAAACGCUUCAAAGAUAAGAGCAGCGAGGACGCCGCGCAAGAGGUUUACAAAAUGAUAGAAGGGAAAUCGCCCAUUAUAUCUGGAGUCACGAGAGCAGUGGCUUCCCCGACCGUGUCCCGUUUGACCGACACCACCAAGUUCACCGGGUCGCACAAGGAGCGCUUCGACGAGACGGGCCGCGGCAAGGGCAAGGCAGGGCGUGUGGAAUUGGUGGACACGUCCGGAUACGUCUCCGGAUACAAGCACGCAGGCUCAUAUGAGAAGAAAGUUUCAAAACCUCCACAAAAACCCAUGUGAGAUUCUCCAUCAGUGACAGAAGACAAACCCGACUCUCUAAAGCACAAACGGAUUUCCCAUUUUCCAUUGAGGGUACGUCUUUUUCUGUGAAUAACAUUGAGUUCAUGUUCCUCUUCCUUAAGUGUUUUAUUUCUAUUAACUGGAACGCUGUUUACAUCCAAACGCCGACGUCACCAGCUGGUACGUUCCUAACAAACACGAUGAUGCCAAGAGACAGACAAGUGACUGAGUAUUGCACGCUCUACUAGUGAAGGUUUUUGCUGAUUAUCUGUUGUGAACAUUGACAUAAACAUUUGGCAUUUUGUGGCUUCUCUAAUGAUGCAGGAGAAUCAGGCCUGAAAUAGAUUUUACAUGCAAAUGCUUGAGUAAUGCAGUGCAUUAAAACAACACACAAAAUCAGAUUGCACAUUUAUAUUUUAAUGCAUUUAGCAGAUGCUUUUAUCCAAAGCAACUUGCAUUGCAUUUCAAGUCUAAAUUUGAUCAGUUCAUGCAUUCUCUGGGAAUCAUUUGACAGACUUUGGCAUUUGACAAACAUCGUACUUGUAGAGUCUGUUUCAGGCCUAAAAUAAAAUAUAUUUAAAUGUAUUUGUCUUAGUAUAAAUUCUGCAUAAUAUCAAGGAAUAGUUCACCCAAAAAUGGAAAUUUUCUGUUAAUGUGCUCAAUCUCAGGCCAUCCGUAAUGUAGAUGAGUUUCUUUUUUUAUCAGACUUGGAGAAAUGUCAUUCCAUCACUUGCUCACCAAUGGAUGUGAAUGGGUGCCGUCAGAAUGAGAGUCCAAACAGCCGAUAAAAACAUCUCAAUAAUCCACAAGAAGUAAUCCACAACACUCCAGUCCAUCACUUAACAUCUUAAGAAGACAAAAGCUGAAACAAAUCCAUUAUUAAGACAUUUUAAACUAAAAUACAAGUCCAUGAUCCAUAAUAACACUUCCUCCAGUGGAAAAAAAAAAAGUCCAUAUCCUGUUGUCUUGCAUAUCAAAAUCCAGCCACGUUUGUUUUACGCUAUCUUAGACUGUUUUGACUUAUAAACAGUGCUUGAUCUGUGCAGAUUUCUCUCCUGAUUCAGUUUUCAAAAGAAGUGUUAUAUUUUGGAUUAUGGACUCUUAGUUUAGUUAAAAAUUGUCUGAAUGACGUAUUUGUUUCAGCUUUUGUCUUCUCAAGAUGUUAACUGAUGGACUGGAGUGGUGUGGAUAAUUAUUGUGAUGUUUUCGGACGGCACCCAUUCACAUCCAUUGGUGAGCAAGUGAUGCAAUGCUACAUUUCUCUAAAUCUAAUAAAGCAACAAACUCAUUCUAAUCUUGGAUGGCCUGAGAGUGACUACAUUUGCAGCAAAUUCUCAUUUUUAGGAUGAAUUUAUGGCUUUACAAACUGACUUGAUAAUCAUUUGCUUCUGCUUCCCCGUCUCAUCUACCUAAACCAAAAUUUUAAACGCUAAAAAUCUACUGAUUUUGUUUGCAUUUCAUAUAUCUUAUAAUAACUGAAUGCAAAAGUCCAACCAUCAUAAGUUGUUGUUUGAUGCAUAAAGAAUUGACUGCUGGUGCUCAAGAUUGUAUAUCUAGUAGUUUGGUCGAUGUCUUUUGAAUUGACGGCAUAACUAUGUAUUUCUAAUGAUAUGAUGACAUAUAAUGAAACACUGCCUGUGUUGUAAUUGUGGAAUGAUUAACUAUUAUGUACAAGGAAAUACCAUCAGCAAAAGUUCAGGAUUUUCUUGUCAGCACAAACAAUAUCCGACCCAACGCAUGAUGCGUUAUCAUACCUCAGUACACACUGAAUAAUAUCAAACCAGCAGAAAUAUAGCUAAAAGAUUUCCUUACAAAACUCCUCUGUGCAUCUGAACUAAAAGCUCUGACAAAAACAAAUAGUUGGCAGAAGUUUUUAAUUAUUUUAACACAUAUAAACAGGCCCACACAGAGUCUGCAGCGCUGAAUUAUGUCUGACUAUCUUCCUCCUGCUCUAAGCUUUAUUAUUAGCACAUUUACCAUAUUAAAAUCCAUUACGUGGCAUUGAAAAUGCAAUUACGCCUGCAGAUUCUGUCUGGGCCUGUUUAUCAGCAGAUCAAACUGCGAAUGAAAAUAUUAAAAGAUAUUUUGUAUUCUGCUGUGGUUUUAGUUUGAAAAGCACUGUUGUAUUUAACAUGUCAUAAUUGAGGCACUUUGCUGGGUUUUUUUUAAAGUACGUGCAGUGUUUCUGCCUACAGAACAAUGUUUACAAGAGAAGUGACAUGCUGUAACUAACACUGGCAUGGCAUACGUCUAAAUGAAUACAUUCCCUUUACCAUGACUAGUGUUCGGAUUUAUUUAUAAACGCACUGCCAUCUGAACACACUGGACAAGAUCCAACCUUCAGGGUUCCCACACUUCUCAGCAAUCAAUUUCAGUGACUUUCCGUGAGAUUUCUAGUCGCCUGUGAACAGCGCAUGUGGAUUUUUAAAAAAUAAUCAUUCUGAUUCACUAAUGAAUUAUUCAGACUGAUUCGUGAAUUACUGAUUCACUCAAAAGAACUAACUUAAACCACUUUAUGGCUUGCAAACAAGUUUUGCUCAAUGCAAAUGCACUGUUUAGCUAAUGUAAUAUUUUAAAGCACAGUAGUAAAAUCUAUAUUCAUUAUAUACACUUUUGAGAAUUUAAGAACUUUUUACAGCUACAUUGUGUUAGAAACUGAUUUGUGAAUCACUGAUUCACUGAAAAGAAUUGACUCAAAAUGAUUCACUCAUAAAUCAGAUGUACUUUUUUACAUUUUUUAAAAAAAAUGACUUUUGCAGACGUGUAAAACACGCAUUUUAAACUCCCUAAUAUUUUAACUGAUGGUGGGAACCCUGAACUUUGCAAUAGAUGAAAUUGUCCAUGUCUAUGGAACGAAGAAGGGAGGAGUGAGAGUGUACAGACAUAUUCUUCUACAGAACAUCUAUUUUCAGAUAAGAAAAGUGGCUACGGAUCAUAAAUGUCAAGCUCUCCUGCAGAAAGUGACUCGUAUUUAUGAUUAACAAACCACAAAUGAGUAUAUAUAUAUGUUGUCGUAUUUAAUAUGUUUCGUGUGCUUAAUGCCAAAUACUGUUAACCAUCUGUUUUGAGGAACAAUACUGUCUUAUUUUUUAAAUAAUGUUUUUUAAUGUUCUUCAGUAUCCUGAUAUGCAUGUCAUAUGGUGAUGGUAAAACGAUUUUAACGUGUCAGUGUUUUGUAGCAUCGUAUUGAAUAAAAAACGAACUGCCUGGUUCUCGUUUA